AUGGAAAAACUGUUGAGCUUGGUGGUUAUAAACAAGGUUAUUGUAUAUGUGAAUGAGUAAUCCCUAAGACUGGUAAAAUACACUUUGCAUUCGAAAUACUAAGAGUUAGUUGGUGGUGUAAAAGUAGGUUCUGGAUUUAGAGAAAUGAUUUAAUAAAAUGGAUAUAAAGGUGAUGGUUAGGGAUAAGGGUAUUCAAUAUUAUAAUUAAGAUAGAUCAUAUUUAUUAAGUAAUGGCGAUUCUUAACAUUUCCAUCAUUCUGCUAAUACUCAAGGAAAGGCAUUUAAAUUCUAAUCUAGUGAUAUACUGAUAAUAGAAGUAAGUAUAGAAUAGAAAUAUAUAAAAUGGAGUAAAUAGAAUUCAUAAGAUUAUCUAGUAGAAUAUCAAAUAUAUUUAGAUUACCGAAAUUGAUACAUUGUAUCCAUGCGUAUAUAUUGACAAUUCAAAAGUGAAAAUUAAGGGUAUAUUAUGA